CCUCCAUUCGCGUCCUCGCUUUGAUUCUGCUCGAUCGAACAUGGAGCAGCCUGUGGCGGCAACGGCGGCGCCGUCGCGGUUCGUGCUGUGGCUGCACGGUCUCGGCGACAACGGGCGCGCCAACGAGCCUGUGGCCGGCUACGCCUUCGCCGGCGCACGCUGGGCCUUCCCCACCGCGCCCACCGCGCCCGUGACAUGCAACCGUGGCGCGCGCAUGCCGUCGUGGUUCGACAUCCACGACACGCCCAUUACUUCCAAAUCCGUGAAAGGAGAGGAGGACGUUCUGAGGUCUGUCCAGAGCGUGCACGCCAUGAUCGAUCGGGAGAUUUCCGCCGGUACGAGCCCGGAAGACGUGUUCGUCUUCGGGCUCAGCCAGGGAGGGGCGCUGAGCAUCGCGAGCGUGCUGCUGUACCCGAAGACGCUGGGCGGCUGCGCGGUCUUCAGCGGCUUCCUCCCCUUCGGCCCCUCUUUCGCGUCCAGAGUCACGGCCGAGGCCAAGAAGACUCCCGUGCUGUGGGUGCACGGGCGAGCGGACUACCUGGUCCCGAUCGAGGCGGGGCAGGACGGCACCAAAUUCCUGAAGGGAAUCGGCAUGAGCUGCGAGUUCAAGGUGUACCACGAGCUUGGGCACGGGCUGGAGCCCUACGAACUGGAGUACUGCGAGCGAUGGGCUGGGAAACGUUCAAGCGAACCGGCAGGGACGAAAAGCGUUGGCAUUGGGGUUCCCGGGCGCAAGUCUUCGUGUUGCGGCUUGAGCUUUUCCAUCAGCUAGAACGAAGCAAUCUGGUGUUGGGUGAUCGGCUUCUACUAGCUGAGAGUUGCGAGUCGCGACUUGUGAGGGUGUUUCUUAUUACAUUGUAUCCUUUCCGGAAGUUCACUGUUAGUUUUUUUCCAAAGCGACAGUGUCGUUUAUGCUAAUUCUUCCGGCUCGUCUC